GGCCAAGCGGGCCGCGCAGGCGCAUGGAGAGCAGCCGCAAUGGCGCUGCGGUGCACUCUGGACAGGUAUCUGCUGCUUAUGGCUCAGGAGCACCUGGAAUUCCGCCUCCCGGGUCUUCUUAAGUUGCUGAGGCUGGCCUGGAACUUGAUACUUCUGCCUCAGCUUCCCAAGUAGCUAGGAUAACAGGAAAUAAAAUCUUUGCUUUCACUUUUUGGAGGUCAGUUCAUCAGCAGUCAAGAAACUUAUGGGAAGUCACCAUUUUGGAUUCUUAGUCUUCCCUCUGAAGAUAUUGCAAGAAACUUAAUGAAACGGACAGUGUGUGCCAAGUCUAUAUUUGAACUAUGGGGUCAUGGAAGAUCUCCUGAGGAGCUGUAUAAUUCUCUUAAAAAUUACCCUUUGGAGAAGAUGGUUCCAUUUCUGCAUUCAGACUCUACGUAUAAAAUAAAGAUUCACACAUUUAAUAAAACAUUGACACAAGAAGAAAAAGUCAAACGAAUAGAUGCACUUGAAUUUCUGCCCUUUGAAGGAAAAGUGAACUUAAAGAAACCACAACAUAUAUUCUCUAUUUUGGAGGAUUAUGGUUUGGACCCUAAUUGCAUCCCUGAGAAUCCAUAUAAUAUUUAUUUUGGUAGAUGGAUUGCAGAUGGACAGAGAGAGCUAAUUGAGUCAUAUAGUGUCAAAAAGAGACACUUUAUUGGAAAUACAAGCAUGGAUGCUGGUUUAUCAUUCAUCAUGGCAAACCAUGGAAAAGUGAAAGAAAAUGAUAUUGUCUUUGAUCCAUUUGUUGGAACAGGUGGCCUCCUGAUAGCAUCUGCUCAUUUUGGUGCAUAUGUAUAUGGGACAGACAUAGACUAUAAUACAGUUCAUGGCUUGGGAAAGGCUAGUCGGAAAAACCAGAAAUGGAGAGGACCUGAUGAAAAUAUCAGAGCCAAUCUUCGUCAGUAUGGUCUAGAGAAGUAUUACCUUGAUGUACUGGUUUCAGAUGCAUCUAAACCUUCCUGGAGGAAGGGCACAUAUUUUGAUGCCAUUAUCACUGACCCUCCAUAUGGUAUCAGAGAAUCUACAAGAAGAACAGGUUCACAGAAAGAAAUACCAAGGGGGAUAGAGAAGUGUCCAGAAAGCCAUGUUCCUGUUUCCUUGAGUUAUCACUUGAGUGAUAUGUUUUUUGACCUGUUGAACUUUGCAGCUGAGACCCUCGUAUUAGGUGGAAGACUAGUCUAUUGGUUACCAGUGUAUACACCAGAGUACACUGAAGAGAUGGUACCCUGGCACCCUUGCCUGAAACUCAUCAGCAACUGUGAGCAGAAGCUUUCUAGUCACACAUCAAGGCGCUUGAUCACAAUGGAAAAGGUGAAGAAAUUCGAGAACCGGGACCAGUAUUCACAUCUGCUAAGUGAUCAUUUUCUGCCAUAUCAAGGUCAUAAUUCCUUCCGUGAGAAAUAUUUCAGUGGAGUAACAAAAAGAAUUAUUAAGGAAGAAAAAUCCAACCAGGAAUGAAAAUUAAGAUUCUGACAAUGAAGAAAGAUUAAAUAUUUGACAGAAAAGACGUCUGGAAGUGAACUUUCGUGUACAAUCCAGAAAACAUGAACUGUUUUAAGGUGGUUAUUAUUAUUUUGUAUAAAAAUGCUUUGAAGUAAAUCAAGCAGUUUAAAAAUUGUCUUUGUAUUUUAGACUAUUCUGUUUUAUGAGGUCUUUUGAACCUUAUUUGACUUGUAUUUGUACUUUCAAGUACUAAUGGAGAUUGACUCAACAGUUAGUUUUUUACAGUUAAUUUACAAAGAAAAUUAAUAUUGUUGAAUUUUUUAAACAUAUUUGCCAGAUAUGUUAUAGACAAUUAAUAGUGCUUAAGAUUUAUUCAUUUGGAAAAUCUGUUUAGUUUGGUUUUUAAUUGUAAUUGAUUUAUAUUGCUACCAAUAAACUGUAUUGAUAAUUUCUAAAAUCAAAAAGUGUUCAGUGCUUUUUAGGAGGGAAAUGAAUUUUUACUGACAAAAUCCACAAGAACAGCUAGACCUAAUAACCUAACAAGGUUCCAAAGCAUUAAGGUCUUGAACAUCUGAAGCUCGUCUGUACCUUGGAUUUGCUCUUGCAUUCCUAAAUCUUGACUGUCGGUCAAGUUAACUACCCUCAAUUUUUGGUUUAGAAAGUAACUGAUGGUUAAAAGCAGUAACAACAACACAAAUCCUUGAUGGUUCCCUAAUGGUAUUAAGCCUAAUCAGUGCUCUUUGAAAUAGAAGCUGUAUUUUUCUUGAAGGAGAAACUUUGCUGAGUCCACAUUGUGUCCAUCAUGGAAAUAUCUUGUUUGAAAACCACUAUACCCAUUAAUUCAGGAUGCUAAUAGCUUUCCUGCCUUUGGUGGUCAAAUGUACCUCAGCAGGGCAGCAGUAAACGGAUCCCCUCUCUCUAACCAGAGCCUAUUUUUAUUUAUGUUAUUAUUAUUAUUUUAGUGUUACUGCUGACUUUUAUGAACUCACAAUAUUCACUUACAUGGCUUAGGAGCUAAAAAAACCAGUGCUGUCCAAGCAGAGAGCGAGGGUAGGCUAUCUUCUUCAUACUACUUUUCUCGUCUCACAGCUCUGGAUUUCAGCUGCAGAUCUCAAACAUUUCAGUGAUUGUUUUGUUUGGGUUUCUGGAUGUGAUUUGUGGCCAAUGGGGAAAAUCUAAAACUAUUUGAGGAUGAUUUAUUUUCAGAAUUUCUGUUAUAAACCAUCUUAUUUAAAAUUUUUUGAGGUUAUAUGGGGGGUAAGUAUGAAAUUUUGUAGCUGACUCAAUUGGAAUAUGAGAUUUUAGCUUAGCCCUUUUUUUGGAUUGUCAAAAAGUUAGUCCAACUAGUUCUGGAAAUUUGCAACAUUAAUUUUAGUCACUUUGUUCUUAAAAAUUAUCUGUGUUAUAACACAUUUUAAAAAGUAAAAAAUAAAUUAUACUAAUUGAGGUCUUCAAUUAGUAAUUGAAGUAAACUUCUUCCUAUUGUGAGGCUUAGUUUCAUAUCAGUAAGUUCAGUUUCACUUAACUGAAAUGUUAAUAGACUCAGUAAAAAUUUGUGGAAUUAUUUUUAAAGUUGAUAUUUAGAAAUGAAAAAAAAAAACACCAUGAUCACUUUCAACCAAUUCUGAUUUUAUUGUAUAGAUCUCAAGCUCUCUUAUUCUAAAAAGAGAGACUUUCUUUUCUGGCAUCAGGAUCUUAAUACUUUUGACAUAAUUUACAGGAGUUCAUUCCCAGGAUUGCUUUAGUUUUAUGUGUGACCACUGUAUUCCUCCUCAUGCACUUAAUAGCAGGAAUAUCACCUCGCAAGAUGCCUGCAUUUCAGAUAGCCCUGCAUUGUGAAUUUACAGUAUAAUCUGGGAAAAAAGCCUAGGUGGUCUGUAAACUGGCCUAUUUAAUGUUUAUAAUAAGACAAAAUGUAUAAUUUUGUUUCUGGAAUAUAUUAAAUGGCCAUAAAAUCCAGACAGUUACCUUGGUGGUGUUUCAUCAGAAGGGCCUCCUUCCUGUCCAUUCUGGUGAGUACUUUUCUUGCUGUGAGAGCUGGGAGGGAAUAGUAGAGUAGGUGGUCUUGGGUAUGUUUAGCCAAAGUGGCCAACUAAUUUUAAAUAAGUUUAAAAUCUGCUAAAAUUUUCUCAGCCACUUCCUGCCCAGGGUGACCCAGCUUUGAGUUAAUUCACUACCACCAACUCUCUUAUGACUAACUCUUUAAGCAUUGAGCAAUGUCGAACAGUUUAAGCUCUGGGAGAUUAGUUGAUGUUGCCACUAUUUCAAUUUUGAGAAUAUUCAUUCAUAUAUUGAGAUCUCCUAUCUUAUUUGGAAAAAUGGUAAUUAAUACUUAAAAGACUUGCUUCAGGUUUGGUAGAGGAAAUAGAUUAUGAGUUAACAUCACUAUAUGGAUUAUACUGUGUGUGUUUAUUUGGGUAGAAAAUGUGCUGUGAAAGUUUGGCAUGUGAAAAUAGCUUUUAAGGUGUUUUAUAUUCACUGUAGAUUAAAGAAGCAAGUGUUUGUCCUUUUUAACAUCAGGAAAUGAGAUGUUAAAGUGUGUUACCUUGAUGCCAGUAUAAGCAACUCUGUCUCUUGGGUAAAAGGCCAUAGUCCUUUGGUGUUAGAACUACUGAAUCUUAUUCUGGAAAUACUAUGAAGCAUUUUUUUAAACCCAGAGUUAUGGAAUAAAGCACAAUAUUUCAUUAUUGAAAAA